AUGGAUUACUAUUUCACUUACCGGUUCAAUAGAAGAAAUCUUGCCAAAUUAAAAUCAGGUUUGUUGCUCGGCAGCAUUGUGGAUCGCAUGUUGGAGAAAGUUUUCAACACUUCGGCAGUUGGUGAUGCAGUCAAAAAGCAGGGAGAGACACCAUCACCCAACACCCCCACGCAGACAGGGCAGCCUGAUAAGGCCUACUUCUAUAUUUCUCACGACACAACCAUGGCUGGUUUGAUGAGCUCAUUGAAAGUCUUCAACAACCGAAACCCACCAUUCGCUUCGACCCUCUACAUCGAACUGCACAGAUAUGAGAACACCAGCGACAACAACUACACAAUCGACCACGCCACAUUGAAGAACAUUGUUGACAACAUCAGCAAAAACAAAUAUGACAUUACUGAUGACGUCAAUAAUUAUUACAUCACCUUGCUCUAUAGGAAUGAAACAGAAGACAUUGAAAAGCAGCCAUACAAACUGGUUGUUCCAGGAUGUGAAGAGAGAUGCGCACUUGCGAAGUUUUUGUACUUGACGCACGACAACGUCGUCACCAAUUGGCGAGAAACUUGCUUCCCGAGCUCCAACGAAUCUCAGACAAAUAACAGCUACACCUGGACUAUCACUCUUCGUAAAAAUGGCGCCAUAAUGACGAUCGUGAUCAGCUGCAUCAUCUUCGUCAUCCUCGUCAUCCUCAUCGUGGCCUGCUUGGUCAUGAAGUGCAGAUCCUACAAGACCUACAGGAAAUAUGUCGAUCUGCCCACUGAAAUUAACUGACCGACCAUUAAUUUCUUUCUUGCUUAUUAUUCAUUUUAUUUAGCUUUUUAUUUAUUUUAAUUUAAUAAUUUUAUUAUUUUUCAUUCUAAUUAGUUUUUAAUUAAUUGUAAUUUAUUAACUUUAUUGUUUUUAAUCUCUGUUUAUUUACCUCUGGUGAUAGUUUUAAAUUUGCGCGAGUCAUUGGUCCUGACAAUAAAUUCUAUUUAAUGUACUGCAUUUAAGAACUAACAUCAUGUAUCGCAAUCUUUUUAUUUUAUUCCAUUUGUUUGAACGCGUUCUUAUUGCAAUCUACGCUGUUCCGCUCAACUCUUCGUGUAUUCUUUUCUACAGUGGUUGGUGGUUUUCACAUUGACAAUUGUAUUUUCAAUUGAGCUUUUGUUAUUGAAGGGAUUUCAUGUCAUAUUCCUAUAUUUUCUGACGGGCUGAUUCGUUUUAUCAGCUUGUUUUAUUUGAUUUAGCAAUCAAAAGACGUGUAAAAAUACAAAAAUAUGAAUGCUUCUCUGUCAUAAACCCAGGUUUUUACUUGUAUUUUUGUAUUAAAUUUUAUGUUUUAUCAAACAUGAAGUGCUGUUAUACGAGUUGUUCCAUUGUUAUUGCCGUCAACUUGUUAGUUUUCCUUUUUUUUUACAAUUUUUCGUUGUUGCACUCAGAUGCCUUACAUUCCAUCAAAUUUUGUUAUGACAUUCUUAAUCUCGCUCAUCAGUUUCCGGGUGUGUACAUGCUGUUAUUUAUGAAUUUCUAAAAUAUAUUUGUUAAUUUAUUUUGCUUCCCCGCACUAUACGGAAAAAAACGUUGAAACAAUUUUUUUCAAGUUAAUCACAAUGACACUGUUGAAACCUUUUGAAUACAUUUUGUUUCCUCAACUA